GUCAUGUCGUCAUCAUCGAGUAAAGUGAUCGGCGGCUGUGUGGCAGUCGCAACGACGGUUGCUUGCGGUAUAGCAGCAGCGAUGGUUUACUCGAGGAGGAGGAGGGGGACCAAAUGUACUUGCGUGAUAAAAAUCGGCGGAUCGGCUUGCACCAAGAAAGAUGAGUUCGAGACCAUUGAUGAUGGUGUACUGAGUAAGACAGCCGAGCAGUUGGUGGAAGCGAUUGAGAGAUCCAACGCCAGACCGAUGUUGAUUCACGGUGCGGGCAGUUUUGGUCAUUUCCAAGCAAAAGACUAUGCAGUGUCGAGGGGGAAUAAGGAGUUGUCGGGAAAACCCGAGGGGGGAUCCGCCUAUGCGAUGUCGAGAUUUCUAUCGAAGGGAUUUGUGGCGACUCGAGCGAGCGUUGGUCGUUUAAACAGUAUGGUGGUAGAUGUACUGGUUAAUCACGGCUUGAAAGCAGUAGGAGUGGGAAGUUGUGGAUACCUCUGGACCAGUGAUAAGAAGCUGCCGUGGUUUACUAUGUGUGGACAGGUUUUGUAUGACGGUUUGAGCGGUUUGCUCAACUCUGGGAUCAUCCCGGUGAUGCACGGCGACUGCGUGCUUGACGAAAAACAGGUUUGCACUAUUUUAUCGGGCGACACGAUUUUCUAUUGGAUGUGUCGGGCGUUUAAACCCUCGAGAGGAAUCUUCUUGACAGAUGUCGCGGGUAUUUAUGACAAACCACCUAAUGAGGAGGGAGCUAAGUUGAUACCGAGAAUCUCGGCUAGGGGAGAUGCGAAGUCGAAUAUCAAAACAUGCGUACCUGCUCAUGAUGUCACGGGUGGCAUUGAGACAAAGCUGGCUUCUGCAGUGGAAGUUGCUAAAGACUUGGGAAUACCAGUUUAUAUAGUACAAGCUGGCACUAAGAGCGCCCUUGAAGCGAUGGAGGGACGUGAACCGGAGAUAUGCACGGUUGUUGUUCCUUAA